UUUUCGCUGAGGAGAAGCACGAAACGGACCCGUUGGCUCUUCCCCCCUCCCUUUCCCCGCCCUGAACCCCCCUCCUGGCUCGCCGGGAAUUAGUCCCCGUGGAGUUUCGCCUCCACCUCGCUGCGGUUUCCUCGGCCCGGUGGAAGUCACUGCCCUCGAGGAGGAGGCAGCAGCAGCAGCCGCCCUCGCCUCGCCGCCCCCGGUUCGGUGCCCGCGGUCCCGGAGAGGAGGUGCCGCCGCCACCGCCGCUCCCCCCCUCCCGCUGCCCUCGGGCCGGGCUGGGUCGAGCUGCGAUGCCCUCGGACUUCAUCUCAUUGCUCAGCGCGGACCUAGACCUGGAAUCGCCCAAGUCCCUGUACUCGCGAGAUUCUCUGAAGUUACACCCAUCACAGAAUUUUCAUAGAGCUGGACUAUUGGAAGAAUCUGUCUAUGAUCUUCUCCCAAAGGAGUUACAGUUACCUCCAUCUAGAGAAACAUCUGUAGCAUCAAUGAGUCAGACAAGUGGUGGUGAGGCAGGCUCGCCUCCUCCAGCUGUAGUUGCUGCUGAUGCUUCUUCAGCUCCCUCCUCUUCCUCCAUGGGCGGUGCUUGCAGCUCCUUUACCACCUCUUCCAGCCCUACCAUUUAUUCUACCUCAGUCACCGACAGCAAGGCUAUGCAAGUGGAGAGCUGCUCCUCAGCCUUGGGGGUAAGUAACAGAGGGGUAAGUGAAAAGCAGUUAACCAGUAACACAGUUCAGCAGCAUCCAUCAACACCGAAGAGGCACACAGUCUUGUACAUCUCACCACCACCUGAGGACUUGCUGGAUAACAGUCGGAUGUCCUGCCAGGAUGAGGGGUGUGGAUUGGAAUCAGAGCAGAGCUGCAGUAUGUGGAUGGAGGAUUCCCCCUCCAACUUCAGUAACAUGAGCACCAGUUCCUACAAUGAUAACACUGAGGUACCUCGUAAAUCACGAAAACGAAAUCCAAAGCAGAGGCCGGGGGUCAAACGACGAGAUUGUGAAGAAUCUAAUAUGGAUAUAUUUGAUGCCGACAGUGCCAAAGCACCUCACUAUGUGCUUUCUCAGCUUACCACGGACAACAAAGGCAACUCAAAAGCAGGAAAUGGAACAUUGGAAAACCAAAAAGGCAGUGGAGUAAAGAAGAGCCCUAUGUUGUGCGGACAGUAUCCUGUUAAAAGUGAGGGAAAGGAGCUGAAGAUAGUUGUACAGCCUGAGACCCAGCACCGAGCUCGGUACCUGACUGAAGGUAGCCGUGGCUCAGUAAAGGAUAGAACACAGCAAGGCUUUCCUACAGUAAAGCUGGAGGGCCAUAAUGAGCCAGUAGUGUUGCAAGUGUUUGUGGGCAAUGACUCUGGUCGAGUGAAACCACAUGGAUUUUAUCAGGCCUGCAGGGUAACUGGGCGAAAUACAACUCCCUGUAAAGAGGUGGACAUUGAAGGCACUACUGUUAUAGAAGUUGGCCUUGAUCCAAGCAACAACAUGACAUUGGCGGUGGACUGCGUAGGGAUAUUGAAAUUGAGGAAUGCUGAUGUUGAAGCCAGAAUAGGAAUUGCUGGUUCCAAGAAAAAAAGCACUCGUGCAAGAUUGGUUUUUAGAGUUAAUAUCACAAGGAAAGAUGGCUCCACUUUGACACUGCAAACACCCUCCUCUCCGAUUUUAUGUACUCAGCCAGCAGGAGUGCCAGAAAUCUUAAAGAAAAGCUUGCAUAGCUGUUCAGUGAAAGGAGAGGAAGAAGUAUUUUUAAUCGGCAAGAACUUUCUGAAAGGAACUAAAGUUAUUUUCCAAGAAAAUAUUUCUGAUGAAAACUCUUGGAAGUCAGAAGCUGAAAUUGACAUGGAAUUAUUUCAUCAGAAUCAUCUUAUUGUGAAGGUUCCCCCAUAUCAUGACCAACAUAUAACUUUGCCAGUAUCCGUGGGAAUAUAUGUAGUGACCAAUGCUGGAAGAUCUCAUGAUGUUCAGCCAUUCACUUACACUCCAGACCCAGCAGCAGCUGGUGCUUUGAAUGUAAAUGUGAAGAAAGAAAUAUCUAGUCCUUCAAGACCUUGCUCUUUUGAAGAGGCCAUGAAAGCGAUGAAAACUACUGGUUGUAACUUAGAUAAGGUAAAUAUUCUUCCCAGUGCUCUGAUCACUCCACUCAUAUCAAGCAGUAUGAUUAAGAGUGAAGAUGUUACUCCAAUGGAAGUAACAGAAAAAAGAUCUUCCCCUAUUUUUAAGACUACAAAGACAGUUGGAUCAACUCAACAAACAUUAGAAAAUAUCUCUAACAUAGCAGGAAAUGGGUCUUUUUCAUCAUCAUCAUCUUCCCACUUACCUUCUGAAAAUGAAAAGCAGCAGCAGAUUCAGCCCAAGACCUACAACCCAGACACCCUGACAACUAUCCAGACACAGGACAUUUCACAGCCUGGUACCUUUCCAGCAGUUUCUGCUUCUAGUCAGCUGCCCAACAGUGAUGCACUGCUGCAGCCGGCUACACCAUUUCAGACAAGAGACACUCAGUCCAGAGAAGUAUUACAAUCUGAUGGCACAGUGGUUAAUUUGUCACACCUGACUGAGUCAUCCCAGCAACAGCAGCAGUCACCACUACAAGAACAAGCACAGACUUUACAGCAGCAGAUGUCAUCAAAUAUUUUCCCAUCCCCAAACAGCGUGAGUCAGCUACAGAAUACGAUUCAGCAUUUGCAAGCCGGAAGUUUUACGGGCAGUACUGCUAGUGGCAGCAGUGGAAAUGUUGACUUGGUCCAGCAAGUUUUAGAGGCACAACAACAGUUAUCUUCAGUUUUGUUUUCUGCUCCAGAUGGUAAUGAGAAUGUUCAAGAACAGCUUAGCGCAGACAUUUUUCAACAAGUCAGUCAAAUUCAAAACAGCGUAAGCCCUGGAAUGUUCUCCUCAACGGAGCCAACAGUCCAUACUAGACCAGAUAAUUUAAUAGCUGGAAGAGCCGAAAGUGUUCACCCACAGAGCGAAAACACAUUAUCCAAUCAGCAACAGCAACAGCAGCAGCAGCAAGUGAUGGAAUCAUCGGCUGCAAUGGUGAUGGAGAUGCAACAGAGUAUCUGUCAGGCAGCUGCCCAGAUUCAGUCGGAGUUAUUUCCUUCCCCGGCUUCAGCAAAUGGAAACCUUCAGCAAUCUCCAGUUUACCAGCAGACCUCUCACAUGAUGAGCGCAUUAUCUACCAACGAGGACAUGCAAAUGCAGUGCGAAUUGUUCUCUUCUCCCCCUGCAGUUUCUGGAAAUGAAACUACUACAACCACCACGCAGCAGGUUGCCACCCCUGGCACUACCAUGUUUCAGACAUCAAGUUCAGGAGAUGGAGAAGAGACUGGAGCACAAGCCAAGCAGAUUCAGAACAGUGUCUUUCAGACCAUGGUCCAGAUGCAACAUAGUGGGGACAGUCAACCUCAAGUAAACCUUUUCUCCUCUACGAAAAGUAUGAUGGGUGUUCAGAAUAAUGGUACUCAGCAACAAGGUAAUGGUUUAUUCCAGCAAAGUAAUGAGAUGAUGUCCCUCCAAUCUGGGAAUUUUUUGCAGCAGUCUUCUCAUUCACAGGCUCCACUUUUUCAUCCCCAAAAUCCUAUUGCUGAUGCUCAGAACCUUUCCCAGGAAACUCAAGGUUCUAUUUUUCAUAGCCCAAGUCCUAUCGUUCACAGUCAGACUUCUACAACGUCCUCGGAACAAAUGCAGCCUCCGAUGUUUCACUCGCAAAGUACCAUGGCUGUGCUACAGGGCUCUUCUGUUCCUCAAGACCAGCAGUCAGCCAACAUCUUUCUUUCCCAGAGUCCAAUGAAUAAUCUUCAAAGUAACACUGUAGCCCAAGAAGAACAGAUUUCAUUUUUUGCAGCUCAGAACUCAAUUUCUCCGCUUCAGUCCACAUCUAACACUGAGCAGCAAGCUGCUUUUCAACAGCAGGCUCCAAUAUCACACAUCCAGACCCCUAUGCUUUCCCAGGAACAGGCCCAGCCCUCCCAGCAAGGUAUAUUUCAGCCUCAGGUGUCCCUGGGCUCCCUUCCUCCAAAUCCAAUGCCUCAAAACCAACAAGGAACAAUUUUCCAGUCACAGCACUCAAUGGUUGCCAUCCAGAGUAACUCUCCAUCCCAGGAACAGCAGCAGCAGCAACAGCAGCAGCAGCAGCAGCAGCAACAGCAACAACAGCAGAGCAUUUUAUUCAGUAAUCAGAACACCAUGGCUACAAUGGCAUCUCAGAAGCAGCCACCGCCAAACAUGAUAUUCAACCCAAGUCCAAACGCGCUGGCUAACCAGGAGCAACAGAAUCAGUCCAUCUUUCACCAACAAAAUAAUAUGGCCCCCAUGAACCAAGAGCAGCAGCCCAUGCAAUUUCAGAACCAGCCUACAGUUUCCUCUCUUCAGAACCCAGGUCCUACCCAGUCUGAGUCGCCACAGACUUCCUUGUUCCAUAGCUCUCCUCAGAUUCAGUUAGUCCAAGGGUCACCCAGUUCUCAAGAGCAGCAAGUAACACUGUUCCUCUCUCCAGCAUCCAUGUCUGCUUUGCAGACCAGUAUGAACCAACAAGACAUGCAGCAGUCUCCUCUUUAUUCCCCUCAGAACAACAUGCCUGGAAUCCAAGGAGCCACAGCUUCACCUCAACCACAGGCUACUUUAUUUCACAACACUACUGGAGGCACCAUGAACCAACUACAGAAUUCUCCUGGCUCAUCUCAACAGACUUCAGGAAUGUUCUUAUUUGGCAUUCAAAAUAACUGUAGUCAGCUUUUAACUUCUGGACCAGCUACAUUGCCAGAUCAGUUGAUGGCCAUAAGUCAGCCAGGCCAACCACAGAAUGAGGGCCAGCCACCUGUGACAACACUUCUUUCUCAGCAAAUGCCAGAGAGUUCUUCACUAACGUCCUCUAUAAACACCAACCAGAACAUUGAAAAGAUUGAUUUGCUUGUUUCAUUGCAAAACCAAGGGAACAACUUGACUGGCACCUUUUAACUGGAUAAAAAUUCCAUGAAGAAAAUUCUGAUUCCAAGAUGUCCUGAGAUCAUGUGAUUCCAUGAGGAUUUUUGAACUGUUACUUUAAAAACAAAACAAAGUAUGAAAAACUGUGAUUGAGUAAAUGGAUAGAUUUUACUCUUACUGCAAAAGAGCACACCUGUGCUGCCUGUUGCAGUGAUUAGCCACCGUUGUUAACAUCUUCAUAUUUUAUAUUCCUAAUAACAGUGAUGACUGAGAAUCUAUUUGAGUUUCCAGCUGACAGAAUUAAUUGUUGCUAUUUUCCUAGGCGCUAUUCCUUUGAAAGUAUAGUUCAAAUUCAAAAGCUGGACUGCUCAGUUAUUAUUGCUAUUAGAAAAUAAUUCAUAUUGUCAUGUUUACUUUUGUUCUUCAUUCAUAUUUUCUUACCUGCAUUGUUUUAGUCAAGUAAUGGCUUUUGAAAAAGGAAAGUUCAAAUAGUAACUAAAAGUAAGGCUGUGGUUUUCCAAUAUAAAUAGCACAGCUAUUGGCCAAAAUGAAGGAAUCUUUUUUCAGUUUUUAUGGAGAAACUGAAGGGGUAACAUUCUGACAAGUUAACUGUAGUAAGAGCUCUACACAGAUAAGAGGCCUCUUUAUUGCAAAGGCAGACAACACACAAUCUAGGAACAGCUGAAAUGCUAUUGAUUUUAUUUUCCAGAGAGUUGUUCAUUCUCUGUGUUUCUAUUAAGGGUUUUAGCCAUACCUGUGCAGAGAAGAAUAAUUAUCUUGCUCUAUCAAAAAAAUGAAGGGGUUAAUACAUGGUAAAUUGUGUUCUGAUAUCCUCCUAUAGCAGUUAAAACUGACAGAGCAACUUCAGUCUGUUUUCUUCUUAUCCCCGUCUUGGACCGGUGUUCCCUUUUUAUGUUCAUUUUUAUUAUUUUCCCCCUCUUCUUCACUUUAUUUUAGACAAUUAGUAAUAUACUACGAGCUUUGUGACCCUGUAGCAACUUAAAGGAAAAGGCCGCUUUGGUCUGGGGUAACCCAGCAACUCCUGCAGCACAGGCAGGGUGGUGGGCCACUCUUUUAGGAGUGAGGGGAGCUGAUUCCUGAGAAACAAGAAACAAUGCAUUUUUUCCCCCAUGAACGGUGCUGUCCUGAAGUCUUCAAAUUUUUCCCUCUAAUAGGAAACAGUGUACAUUUUAAUUUAAAAAAAAAAAAAAAAAAGCAAACUAAAAUUUCUUGAAACAUCACUUCUCCCUAAACUGCAGUGAGUGUAAUUCACUUGUCACCUCAGUGCUUUACAGUUUGAAGUGGUCACUUAUCUGAUGGUUCCCACAAGCCUUAGGCUUUACAGGGUCAUAUCAUUGACUUAAAAUGAAGAAUUAACUUGUGUUACGUCUCUAGAGAGCAAAAUUACACACUCCAGAAUUUGCAGUUGCAGUUGUAGCAUUAGUUACACAGUUUUGGGUGUUCUUGCCACCCACGGGAUGCCUGCUUCUCACGACAACCUGUCGUUUGGGCACGUGCUUACGUCUCAUUUUCCUUUUGGCAUGUAGAAAGCUGUUUAUACAGUUUAAGGCCAAAUUGUGUGUGGCUUCUAUAUGUAGAUAAGAUGUUUUGGUAUUCAUGUCUGUUUCAUUUAUUUUUAUUAAGUGUACAAAAAAAAUAGCCUGUUAAUUAUUUGUUGAAGGCUACUUUUCUGUUGUGUUGUUUUUUUUUUUUUAAUUUGUUUUCUAUCCUAUACAUUCAGUUGAACUUUGUGGAAUUGUGGUGUUGGUUUUGUUUAUACAGCCAGAUUUUUUUCCCCCUUUUUGUGGUCCUCCUUAGUUCUUUGAAUGUGCUCUUCUCCUAAUUUGUUUUUUCUCUUUGUUCUUAUAUAUUCUUCCCUCCACCCUGACCCUUUCUUUCUUUCUCUCUCUGAUUGAGAGGCAUUGAAUUACGUUUUCAGUAGUACAGGCUUCUUGCCGAUAUGAAGGGAACUUUUCAGAAAGAGACCUACUCUGGGUCAUUUACUUUUGAAUACAGUUUUCAAUCGUUCAAGUUUUGGAUGGUUUAUAUCUAAUGUGUGUUUCAUUUUUUUGGAAAGCUAUAUUUUGUAUUUAGGAAAUGGUAUACUAUUUUGCUAUUUGUACUGAGUGAGUACAUUGGCAUAAAUAUAGAAAUUUAUAUAUAUACAUAUAUAUAAACUAUUCUUUUUUUGCCACACAUUUUUGUGGUAAAUUUGUGAGUUUGUCUGAUGUUCUACCACAACGUGGCGUCUGAUAACAGUGAGGGGGGGUUUGUUAUGUCUUUAUUGAGUAUUUAAGUAUCUUUUGAAACAAAUGACCUGUUCAUCUGUGGCCAUUCCAUCAGGCAGUUCCUUGAUGUUAUUAGUGGGCUAAAGGCAGCUUACUGUGUGUUUGCUGGAUCUUUCACUCAGCAAAAUGUUAGAGUAAGGAAACCCAUCAGGCAAUUGUGUCAGAUGGUGUUUCAUGAGAAUGAGCCAUUCAGUCUUUGCUCACUAUAUAUUUAAUAUUUUAUUGUUGUUAUUGUUAUUAUUAAUUGGCUUUCUGUAUUCUAUACCUUUUAUUUAUAAUAACACUAAAAAAAACCCCACAAACCAUGUUUGUAAUUUUAAUAACGUUUUCCCCAUCUUGUAAUAUCCAGAGCUACUUUAUAGAUUCUCUGAACCAAAAGCAUUUUCCUCAAUAGAUCAUCUCUCCCCACCGCAUCAGGGAAAAUUACCCAAUAUAGUUCAGGUUAUGAGAAGGACCAGCCACACAAUCCAGUGCUUCAGUUUUAACAUGUAAAACUCUAACUGCAGAGGUAUAAAGAGGUAUAAAGAACUUACCCAGCAGGUAUAAAAAUAAGAAGUAGAAAUAAAAUACUGUAAGUUUAUUUCUGAGUUUUCUGACUUUUUUUCUAAGAGAUUACACAGGAGACUCAGGAAGUCUAUUUGCUCACCAAGUUUCAACUAGAAUGUUUCUUAGCACUGCUCUGUGGAUGAAGUGGUGGCAAGAAGACUGGCUUGUGUGCUGACUUCUGUUCUGUUGUUUCGCAAGAGGCUUAUCAUCGUAAAAUGCUGAUCGCCAAUGCCAAGUUACCAGGGACCAAUUUUCUGUUUUAUAGUAUCUAAGUUUAGAACAGAACAUACACCUGAACUGUAGUGGCUUGAUUGGAUGGAGGCAGAAAACCCAAAUUUUAUUUUCAUAAAUUUUGUGGUUAUUUAUACAAGGGCUGUGCUAUGCUACCACAUUCUUAUUCAAUAAUGAUGGAUAUUUUUUUUAACAUCGUUAAAUGUUCCCUACCCCUAAAGGUCACUGUUAAGUACAGCAUUCUGACUAUUUGGUUACAAAAGACAUUUGUCUUCUUACUAAAGAGUUAGCUCAGUGGUCAGUGGUUGAUACGUGUGCUAAAAAUACAAUUUCCAGAUUAAUGUUACAAAUAAUAGCGAUCUAUGAGAGAGACUCCAUGAGCCAGCAAAGGCCUUGAAAGCAACAAUUUAUUAAAUUUAUUUAUGGCAGAAGGACCUAAAUAAACUCUGAACCUUUUUUUAGUCCUUUA